UAUUGACUAUUUAUUUGACACCACACUCUAAGACUGUUGUCACUAUGAGAUUCUACGUACUUUUUUACGUAACUAUCGCUUUUUAAAGCUUAGUAAAUAUUUUCAAUCUCCCAGAAAUUUCUCGAGCGUUUUUCUAUAUUUAUAUAUUUUUAUCUACUUUAGCAAGAACAAUGCCGUAAGGUAUCUGUUUCACACCGCACUCGAAAACCGUUGGCACCAUGAGAUUCUACGUACUUUUUUACAUAAUUAUCACUUGUUAUCUAUUAGUAAAUGUCUUCCAUCUCCCAGAAAUUUCAGGAGCGCUUUUCUAUGUUUAGAUUAUAUUACAUAUUUUAGCAAAAUUGUACUGAAAGGUAGCUAUUUGACAUCGCAGUCAAAAACCGUUGGUACCAUGAGAUUCUACGUACUUUUUUACAUAAUUAUCACUUGUUAUCUAUUAGUAAAUGUCUUCCAUCUCCCAGAAAUUUCAGGAGCGCUUUUCUAUGUUUAGAUUAUAUUACAUAUUUUAGCAAAAUUGUACUGAAAGGUAGCUAUUUGACAUCGCAGUCAAAAACCGUUGGUACCAUGAGAUUCUACGUACUUUUUUACAUAAUUAUCACUUGUUAUCUAUUAGUAAAUGUCUUCCAUCUCCCAGAAAUUUCAGGAGCGCUUUUCUAUGUUUAGAUUAUAUUACAUAUUUUAGCAAAAUUGUACUGAAAGGUAGCUAUUUGACAUCGCAGUCAAAAACCGUUGGUACCAUGAGAUUCUACGUACUUUUUUACAUAAUUAUCACUUGUUAUCUAUUAGUAAAUGUCUUCCAUCUCCCAGAAAUUUCAGGAGCGCUUUUCUAUGUUUAGAUUAUAUUACAUAUUUUAGCAAAAUUGUACUGAAAGGUAGCUAUUUGACAUCGCAGUCAAAAACCGUUGGUACCAUGAGAUUCUACGUACUUUUUUACAUAAUUAUCACUUGUUAUCUAUUAGUAAAUGUCUUCCAUCUCCCAGAAAUUUCAGGAGCGCUUUUCUAUGUUUAGAUUAUAUUACAUAUUUUAGCAAAAUUGUACUGAAAGGUAGCUAUUUGACAUCGCAGUCAAAAACCGUUGGUACCAUGAGAUUCUACGUACUUUUUUACAUAAUUAUCACUUGUUAUCUAUUAGUAAAUGUCUUCCAUCUCCCAGAAAUUUCAGGAGCGCUUUUCUAUGUUUAGAUUAUAUUACAUAUUUUAGCAAAAUUGUACUGAAAGGUAGCUAUUUGACAUCGCAGUCAAAAACCGUUGGUACCAUGAGAUUCUACGUACUUUUUUACAUAAUUAUCACUUGUUAUCUAUUAGUAAAUGUCUUCCAUCUCCCAGAAAUUUCAGGAGCGCUUUUCUAUGUUUAGAUUAUAUUACAUAUUUUAGCAAAAUUGUACUGAAAGGUAGCUAUUUGACAUCGCAGUCAAAAACCGUUGGUACCGUGAGAUUCUACGUACUUUUUUACAUAAUUAUCACUUGUUAUCUAUUAGUAAAUGUCUUCCAUCUCCCAGAAAUUUCAGGAGCGCUUUUCUAUGUUUAGAUUAUAUUACAUAUUUUAGCAAAAUUGUACUGAAAGGUAGCUAUUUGACAUCGCAGUCAAAAACCGUUGGUACCGUGAGAUUCUACGUACUUUUUUACAUAAUUAUCACUUGUUAUCUAUUAGUAAAUGUCUUCCAUCUCCCAGAAAUUUCAGGAGCGCUUUUCUAUGUUUAGAUUAUAUUACAUAUUUUAGCAAAAUUGUACUGAAAGGUAGCUAUUUGACAUCGCAGUCAAAAACCGUUGGUACCAUGAGAUUCUACGUACUUUGUUACAUAAUUAUCACUUGUUAUCUAUUAGUAAAUAUCUUCCAUCUUCCAGAAAUUUUACGAGCGCUUUUCUAUGUUUAGAUUAAUUUAUAUACUUAGUUUAGCAGAAAGAAAACAGUUGUAACUUCUUGUAAUUUUUUUAAAUCACAUAAAAAUUUAAGGACUAGCACUGGUACUUAAAAAUCACGCCCAUAACGUGGGUUUUCGUUUUUAAAUAAAUAUUUUCUAGGUUUCCAUUCAUAUCAUUUUUCAGGGUCACGCUUCACUCCAAUGUCGCCAUUUCUAAUGUUAGAUGUGAGACUAAAUCACAUAUGUACAUAAUCGUAACAUUAAUGGGAAUAUGCGUUGGAAGAUCUAAUCAUUAUUAUUUAUAUAUAAUACACUGUAAAAUCUUAAUAUAAAAGUGAUGAUAAUUCUGAAACGCGGCUUGUUUUCGGUGGUAGUUAAGACAUUGCAGGAAUCUGGUAACUUAUCGUAAAUAAAUUUCUGUUGGGGUUUUAGAGCUUGUAAACGGAAAUUGUUUCAUCGUAGAAUGGUGGGUGUAAUGACUUCCUAAGUUGGAGUAUAUGUAGUCGGAACAUUAGUCUUUUUAGGAAGCAUGCUAAUCAAAAAUUCAAUAAUUUAUUACUACGUGUGGCAACAUUGCUACAUCCCCCACAUCAGCUCCGUUUAACAGUCAUUGAGACGAAGAACAGUGUAACUACGCUGGCGCAAAACUGCAUACCACAGUCAGCAGUGCCAGUCGGGGUCACUUUCUCGUCCUGUAUUUAUGUCUGUGUAGUUUCGUUACGUAGUGUUUGGUGAAAAUGGCCACCUUUUAUUAAAAAUUACAAUUCUGGAACGUUUUUUUGUUAAGAAACAGAUUUAGAAAGAAUGCUACAAAAUCGUCCUGCACUACACCACACUGAACCAUUAAAAGACACCUCAGAGACAGACAAUGGAGGCUGCAACCAUACACUUCAAAAUGGGACAAGAGAAGAAACUGAUAAUGGCAGAAAUAACUCCUGCAUGCGGAAAGAAGCGAACCGUUUAAAAUCCUUUGUCAAUUGGCCCUGUAAAUUCUUAAAACCAGAACAGUUGGCAAAGGCUGGAUUCUAUUACACCCAGUACGGCGAUAAGGUCCGUUGCCCGUUCUGUAACGUUGAAGUCGGCCAGUGGGAAGAAGGGGAUGAUCCUUUAUCUGACCAUGCCCGAUGGAGUGGUUCUUGUGUUUUUUUAAGGCAGCGACCAUGUGGAAAUAUAUCUAUUGAGGAAGACCCUAAUCCAGUAAUGCCUCAGGGCUACGACACUUGCGGCAAAUACGGCAUCGAAGUUAGGCCUAAUUCAUUUCCAGGUAGAGAGUCUGAUCAGUGUGGGUCUCAGGAAAACAGCUUAAGAAAAUAUGGAGUGCAAUCAAAUCUAGGAACAGCCCAUCCUAACUAUGCCCUCCUUGAAAAAAGACUUGCAAGUUUUUCAGAGUGGCCUCCAUCUAUAAAACAGACUCCCAAGCAACUUGCUGAAGCCGGAUUCUUCUAUAAUCAAAAGGGAGACCAGACCAUUUGUUUUUAUUGUGGCGGUGGACUAAAAGAUUGGGUUCCAUGUGAUGAUCCCUGGGAGCAGCAUGCAAAGUGGUUUUCAAAUUGUGGUUUUGUUCGUUUACAGAAAGGAAGUGAGUACAUAUCAGAAGUAUGCAAUAGGCUAGAAAAUGCAGUAAUAACUUCAGAAGAAGCUAGUGGACUUCAAAUGACUGAAACUAACAACUUAAAUAAGAAUAAUAUUUCUAACACUACCGGUCUUCAAGCAUCAUCAUUAAACAUUGUGGAUCAGAAGACAUCUCCCAAAUCAUUGACUGAAGAAAAUACGGUAUCAGAAAACACAUCAAGUGAAGGCAACAAACCUGGAACGACUAGUACUUUAUGCAAGAUUUGUUAUUCUAAAGAAGUGGGUGUUGUUUUUUUGCCGUGUGGACAUAUUGUUGCAUGUGUAGAUUGUGCUCCUGCAUUAACCACUUGUGCAGUUUGCAGGAAACCCCUAGAAGCCAUUGUCCGUGCGUUCCUAUCCUAAGUCAAUUUUUAAUAUUAAGACAACAUUCAAAUUCACCACAAUUAUAAAAUUACUCCAGAUCAUCACAAUAAAAAGUGGUAUAAACUUUAAAUUUUUUAUUAUAUUUGAUUUUUUUUUGUACAUAAUUUAAAAAUCAUAAUAUUCUGCUUAUUUAUUGUAGUUUAUGAAUGUUGUGUUAAUUAAUAUUAUAGUACCUGAUAUCAUAUGAUUCCUAUUAAUUAAAUAAUAAAUUAUCUUUCUCUGGCAUAUAAAAUUAAUUUUUCUGUUUCAUUAAUUAUUUUUUUUUUUUUGAAAAAUCUUUUUAUGGUGAUCUGGAGAUUAUUAGAAACCACUAGUAAUCAAAGAAACAUUAAUAAACUGUUCUACAAAAAUAAAUUAGAAUGGAAUAUGUGUAUUUUACAUUUAUCAAACUGUUUAUUUCUUGUUUUAUAUCAGCCUUUAAACCAUACACAAAAAUAAACUUGCAUUCAUUACCUUUACAGAUAUAAAUAAAAUGAAGUGUUGGUACUUUUUACAAUUAAUUUAAUUUGCAAAUUCAGUUUCAUUUAGUAUUUUGUUGUUAUUUAUUUUUGAUUCUGUAAGGGUUCUGAAUGAAAAACAGUUUAGUAAGUGUGAUGAAAAUAAAGGGAGGAAUAAAAUUUGUACUGAAAAUAA